CGACGAUCGCAAAAGGUAGACUAUUCUAAAAGAUUAUAGACUCAACGAUGUUUACAUCACUUGUCAUCACUGUACUGGUGUUGCUAGAACUGACUGUUGGUCAGGAUUUGACAGCUAACUGUAGCCAGCUUGAGCCAAGGACUAAUGGCGAAGUAGAGUUUGGCGAAAAAAAAGAUUUCGAGUUCGAUAAUGAUAUUCUAUCAACUGAUGCUCGCCCUUCUAAAGCGCCAUCUCAAAAAAAGGUUUCCAGUUUGUAUUAUGACCAAUACAGAAAGGGCACGAUUGCUACAUAUGAGGAGCCAAUUUUAAGUUGUCAAGAUACUGUUGCAAGGAAUGGAAGUGGCUUCACCCGGUUGGCAGAAGUCAAUCUGUAUGUGCAGUACCUUCAGUUGUCUACUUGGCCCAUUGGUUACAAAAAGUGUUGCCCCGCCUCCCAGAACUACGGAUGUCGCAGUGUCAAGACGCUGAUGCCGUGUUUCUCCUCCAACAUCUUUGGCGUGAGAGCCUGGUGCUGCCCCCUUCAGAGAAUCGAAGUCAGCAUCUGUAAUUGUUGCAAAUGCACCAUACUCUGCAAAGAAUGUUCCUACACCGGCCAGUGCGAGAGACGCUACACCUACACCAAAUUUGCUGCCGUCUGCUACAUAAAGUGGUGGAAAUGGAUUGUCCAUUUCGCCAGGUACCUGCCCACCAGCUGUUACUGUAGUCUGGACUGUGAGCGUCGUCAGAUCAGGGAAAUUCCAUGACAGAAAAGUCGUUAUUUUCCGACUUGGGAGCAUUUUAUCUAGGCAUCGAAGUAAAAUAAAUUUACAACGCCCCUUUGAAAAAAAAUUCCUUAACCCAUCUUCAAACUGUGUAUCAACCUUAGAUCUUUGGCAUAUAAUUUUAUAAAACGCAAUAAAAAUAA